AUGGCACCACCAGUCUUCGAUGGAGACAACUAUCAAACGUGGGCUGUGAAAAUGGAAAACUACCUGAAAGCAUUGGAUCUGUGGAAAGUAAUGGAAGAAGACUAUGAAGUUCAGCUACUUCCAAAAAAUCCUACCGUAGCACAAAUAAAAUCACAGAAGGAGAAGAAGACAAAGAAAUCAAAGGCAAAAGCAUGUUUAUUUGCAGCAAUAUCUCCUAUGAUUUUCACACGAAUAAUAUCCUUGAAGUUAGCAAAAGCAAUCUGGGAUUAUCUCAAGACAAAGUAUAGAAAGAAGGAGUCAGAACCAAUAAAAGAGUACCGAGACAGACUUUUAAGCAUUGCCAACAAGGUAAGGUUGCUUGGAUCCGAGUUAACAGAUUCAAGAAUUGUGGAGAAACUACUUGUACUAGUGUCAGAGAGGUUUGAAGCCACUAUAAAAACUCUGGAGAACACAAAGUAUUUGCCAAAAAUUUCCUUUAAAGAGCUCUUAAAUGCCUUGCAAGCACAAGAGCAAAGGAGAGCCUUGAGACAGAAUGAAGCAGGAGAAAGAGCCUUACCAGCCAAACAUCAAGACAACAAGUAUAAAAGAAAGAAGAACUUCAAGAAUUAG